CCUGGGUACAUGGUGACCCAAGAAAAGUAGCCUAUCCAACUGAUAGCUAUGGGCAGUUCUGUGGUCAAAAAGAUACACCGAAUGAGAACAAAACAAUUUUAUUUUAUUUUAAUAUUCUGAAAUGUGCCAGUCCUAUAGUGCUAAUAAACCUACAGUGCCCUACAACACAGCUUUGUGUUUCAAAGUGCCCAGACAGAUUUGCAACCUACAUAGAAAUGCAAUCUUCCUACAGAAGUUAUUGGGAGUACUACAAACAGUUUUGCAAGCCUGGAUUUACUAAGCCACGCAAGUCUGUAACUCAAGUUAUGCGUGAUGAAGAUUGUCCUUCUAUGAUUAUUCCAAGCCGGCCUUGUAAGUAUCUCUGUAUUUAUGUUGUGUAACAGUUAACAUUGGCAGGGCCAAAUACUACAAUUUAUUCUCUUUUGCGAUUUGAGACAUUCUGAGUUAAAGUUCAAGGACAUAGUAUAAGGGAUAAAUUAGAAAAAUACUAGAUUUACACCUUAGGUUAAACAUAGUUUGUUAU